CAUAACCUGUUGCAUUGGAAAUCUGAAAAUGAAUUAAAUUUAAGAAAAUUUGUAUCCGAUGUUGAUCAUCGCACGAUUAUAAGGAUAAAUCGUCAGGUCGAGCAGUUGAUUCCAAACACAAUAGCUUUAAAAAAUAUACUUUGCAUCUAUUUUUGAGAUGCAUGCAAUGUGUUAAUCAGUUAUUUAUAUCACUUGUGUGCCGUAUCUUUCGCUGGUUAUUUUCUGGCUUGAGCCUCCUCAGCUUCAAACGCGAUUCUUGAUCUCGACAAUGUUUUGAAUUAAAAUCAGAAUUUUACUCGAUAUUAACAAUGGACGAAAUUCGUUUUCGACUAUCUAAUCAACUCGAGACACUACAGGUUCAAGCAUCAGUGAUAGUACAGCAAGGUCAACAAGUGCUUGCGAGAUGGAUAACACAGGUUCGACAACUGCUGGAGGAAUUUUACCAGGGAGAAUAUGGCCAACGACUAAAAGACUUUGGCCAACAACUGUUGACCUGGGCUCAUACCGGGUGGGAACAACUCCAGUUUCAGUAUUAUUCACUGCAAUUCAACCCGCGUGAAUUUUAUCAACAACUAGCCAACUUGUUUACUGGUGGAGGUAUUCUUCCAGUGUCAAGACGAGAACUAGCCUUUUGUGUUAUUGGUCUAACUGCUGGAGGUCUUAUAGGGUUUACCACUGGCUUAACUUGUCACCAUCCACCACGGCACAUGCAUCACAUGAAAGCCAUUAUAUGUCAUCAUUAUAUUGGUAUUGAGGGUGUCACUACGAUAGAUGACGUGGAAAUGCCAGCUAUUCAAAAACCUGACGAUUUAUUAAUCCAAGUAAAAUCUGCAUCUGUGAAUGUCGUAGAUGCAAAAAUAUGUUCCGGCUAUGCAAGGACGUACAGACAGCAUCUUAACUCUGGUAAACAGAGAGAUUUGCCAGUGAUAAUAGGAAGAGAUUGUGCCGGAAUAGUGGUUGAUAUUGGUCCAAGUGUCAUAGAUUUUGACAUUGGUGACGAGGUGUAUCUGGCCGUUCCUUCAUGGGCGCAAGGUACCAUGGCAGAAUAUUUGGUAGUUUCAGAAACUGUAGUAGCCAGAAGGCCAAAACUUGUAAACUUUGAUGCAGCAGCCAGCUUACCGUACAGUGGAUGUUUGGCGUGGGAUGCCAUUGUCAAUGAAUCUGUGAUCGACGAAGGCAAUGCUCGAGGAAAGAGAAUUCUAGUGUAUGGUGGGACGACCCCAGUUGGCUGUGUUCUAAUUCAGCUAACUAAACUGUGGGGUGGUUACGUUGUUGCGGCUUGUAAACAGCAAGCAAUACCUGUUGCUAAAGCUCUGGGAGCCGACGAAGUUAUCCCCUUUAACGAAUCGAAUAUAGAAAAGGAAUUAGAACUACAAGAUAAAUUCGAUGCAAUCUUUUACACCGGUGGUCCAGAAAUUGAAGACUGUAUACUGAGAAAUCAUUUACUACCGCAUGGUUCUUACGUAUCCACAGUACCAGAACAUUUGACAUCCGAUACGUUAGGAUUUGUUUUUGGAAGUAUAUUUUCCGGAUAUAUCAGAAUCAAUCUGUUGAUACGAUACUUGUUUGGUUUGAAACCAAACCAAUGGAACGAUGGUUCAAAAAUAAACACUGCCAAUCUGGAUGCAUUGCGUCAACUUGUCGAUGCAGAUCAACUGCAGGCCGUCGUUCAUAAAGCUUAUGCACCACACAAUAUUGAACAAGCCUUACAUGAAGCAUUGAAUCCGAACGCUGUCGGUAGCACUAUAAUUAGAUUUCACUGACGCUUACAUUAUUUACAGGAUAUACUAAUUCAUGCCUAGGUGAUCCGAUAAUGGUGUUAAAACUAUUGCAUACCUUGAUAAUACAAAUAUUUUAAUGAAUUGCCAAACCAGACAUUUAUAAAUUGGACACUAUAGAAUUCAGGUAAUAUUUUAAUUACCAAGAAUCGACGUGGGCGCUGCAAAGCAAAUGUUUGGUUUCAGUCCGUCCAAUUUUCAUUUCAAAUUUGCGAGUGUGUCUUCCACGUGACUUCAAAAUUGCAAUAAACUCCACUUGUAACUAGCUCAAUAAUGAAAACGGAACUGUUACUGAUAACUUUUUUUUAUCCUUAACAAAGUUUUUUCUCACAAUUACAACACCCAACUGAAAUCACUUCAUUCAAUUACAUCUCAUUAUUAUUAACAACGCUCAUCUGCCAUCACUAUUGCGUGAUUACGCGGUUCUUCAUAAUUCGCCAAUCAUAAUGAAAGUAAAAAUCAAGCAUCAGUGACAAUAAUAUUUCGCAGAAAUAAUGUUGUGUUAUGAAAGUAAUAACU